AUGCAAAUCGUCUUGCAAAAAUGGUGUUCAUUGAAGGGUACCGUACUCCAAAGCCAUGUGCAAGGAUUCAGCAUGAAGGGAUUUGAUUUUUCUUUGAUAUUUUCCUAUCCAACUUCUACUAUUUGGAAAAUGUAACGUACAAAGCGAUGUUAUAGCGUGCUAUAAAAAUUGGUUCGGCUCCUCGAGACAAUCAGGAACCAAGGAUGCUGUCAGUGGAAUUAAGGCGUUACGUCCAUAUGUCAAAUCGCGGUGAUGUAAUGUUGUAUUAGAAUGUUUUUUGCUGGUACUUAGGAUAUCCUAGAACAAAAUAAAUGCACAGAAUACUUUAAAAUACCACGGUUGACACCAAAUAAAAGCAACAUUAUUACAUGUGACAGUUUUAAUAAAGGCCAAGUCAAAAAAAAUCUAUGUUUUUUUCUUUUGAAUCUUAAAUAUUAAGUAAUCCUAGCAGAAUUUAGUUCAUCAUAAUUAGAAAAACUAAUUCUAUGUAAUUUGGCUUAAUAGCUGUAUUUGAUAACUCUUUUUAAAGUAUUUGAAAUAAAAGUCAACAUGUUUGGAAAAAGUCACAAAGGUUCGGGGAAACACAGUAAGGCUGAUCACAAUAUUAACUAUGGUAGUGGAGUCUCUCGAACUGGCAGCGGAAUGAGAGACUUGAGUGGUGAACGUAGCUCAAAGAGUUCUUUGAACUUUGUUUCGCGCAGUGCCUCUCUGGGACGGGAAAGAGGUCGCACUGCAUCUGACAGUUCUGCCGCCAGCUAUUCUGGCAGGCACGGGCCGGUCAGCCCCCUAAACCUACCAUCAGACAACAUGCAACCAAUGAGCUCCUCAUACAAUCAGGGAUAUAUUAUCGAAAAUUUGGGAAUUUCUGGAAUGGCAUUAUCAUUAUCGGGGAAAAGUCCACUGGAAGCAAACCCAGUUCCAAUGUAUAGCAGGGCCCACAGUUUGACAAACGUAACACGAGAACGUUCUCUCGACAGACUGGAGAAGGAACACGUUCUGAUGGGUGAGCGAUCUCUUGAUCGUAUGCAUCCCUGUAUACCCACAACAAGAGAGAGUGUUAGAGAAAUGGAAUAUCGAAAUUACAUCAACUCGGGAAGUGCUAGUGCUAGGGAUCGAUCUCUUGAUCGUGAACGUGAAUAUCCGCACAUGGGUGCACGUUCGUUAGAGCGAGACCAUCAUGGCAUUGGUCGAUCACGGUCGUCGGAGCGUAACGGAGAAUACAUGGGAUCGUAUUUGUCACCUAGUCCAACAUCACAGUCGGAGUACCGGAACUCUCUUCUUUUCGAACUUCAAGUGCAAGUUUCUGAGCUGCACAAGGAGUGUGCCAAGCUGCAAAAGGAGCUGGAUAAUACGAAGGACAAGUUGAGUUCCAGUAUGAACAGUAUCAAGACUUUCUGGAGCCCCGAACUGAAGAAAGAGCGUUCACUACGGAAAGAAGAAACUGCCAAGUGCAACAUGCUAAAUGAACAUCUCAAGGUUGCUCAAGCUGAACGUCAGAAAGAUGCAUAUGUCAUUGAAAACCUCGAAGCCAGUCAAGGGAACAGCGGUUCUAGUCAGGCCUUGUCGUACGAAUGUGAUUCUUUGAAAAAAGACAAAGAUCGGCAGUUACGUGAAAUUCUAAUCCUUCGCAAGACCAUCGACGAGAUGGAGCUCAGAAUAGGCACCCAGAAACAGACUCUGGCCGCGCGUGAUGAAAGUAUUAAGAAACUCCUAGAAAUGCUGCAGAGUAAAGGACUUGCCACAGGAAAGCUGGAGGAGGAGAGGAAAGAAGUAGAACAGUUACAGUCGCAGGUCAUAGAAAACGAACAGCGUGUGAGACAGUUGGUGAAAACGCUAGACGAGCGGGAUAAACUGGUUAAUGAGUUAAAAGAGCAAAUGGACCGUAUGAAAGAAGAAGUGAAUGAAGCCAAUCUGAAGCUAAAGCAGCAGCCUGCCAGUACACACACUAUGCAAGCAAUGCUAGAGGCAAAGGAAUCUCGAAUAUCAGCCCUGGAGAAUGAAGUGCUCAAUUUAGAAGACAAACUUUUAAGAAUACAGGAAGAUGGCAUCACGGGGGAGUGGGAGCGAAGAGAUGGAUCACUCAAGAACAGUCCCAGCACCAAAGAUAAAUCUCUACGAAUUGAGAACCAGCAGAUGAAGACGGAUGUGGCACGGAAAGACAACCAACUGGCAGGACUGCGGAUGAAGGUGGAGACGCUGGAGAGACAGCACACGGAACAGAAGCAGUACAUCGUGGUACUCAAGGAGCAGAUCACAGCCAAGGAACUACACUCAGGGAUGCUCCAGGCUGAUAUUGAAGACUUGCAAGAAAGGUUAAAAGAAAAAGACUCUGCCAUUGAAAAGAAAAGUCUACAUUCACAAAAUGUCAGUGCUGACAGACGGCGCAUGGAAACAGAAAUGUCUGAGCUCCGAGACCAUUUAGACAUAAGAGAAAGAAAAGUUAAUGUUUUACAAAGAAAGAUUGAAACGUUAGAACAUCUGGUGAAUGAAAAAGAUGAACUGUUAAAUCAGACGAAGAUGAAGUUGUCCGCCACAUUCACCGACUCAACUGACAGUGCUGUCUCUAGUCUAGAAGAAUCCCUCCACGAGAAAGAUAAACAACUUGAAAGAUUGCGUGAGCAGCGUGACAAGAUGAUCAAAGAACACCAAGAAGAACUCGACCUCACUGUGAAGGGUGCUCAAGAUGCCAAAGCCAAGGUGGAUUCCAUAACCCAGGAACUUAAUGAGAAGCAGACUCAGAUGUGUGAACUUCGUGAGGAGGCUACAGAAUUACGCUCAGAGAAAUUUGCCUGUGAUAAUAAAAUCCGACAACUUCAGUCACAACUUUCACACAAAGUUGCCGAAGUAGAAAAACUACAUCAGGAAGCAGAAAAGGAGAAUCAAGUUGCAGCCGUCACGGCUCGGAGGGAGUCCAUAGACAAGGAGCUGGGUAACCUUCAGAUGAAGGUCACACAAGCACAGGACGAUGCUAGGAAAACUACUGGUGAGGUUGAGAAGUUGCAGGAAAUAAUAAAACGGCACGAAACGGAGAAAGCCGAGAAAGAGAGUCAGAUACAAGAAAUGCAAGAAAUAAUCAAAGAAUACAAGCAGAAAAUGGGGACACUGAAGCGAAACCAAAGAACAGAAAAAGAGAAAAAUGCUCAACUUUUGGAAGAAGCAAGGAAGAGUGAAAAGAACCUCACAGACGAUGCGUCACAGUUACAGAACGUGAUGCAUCAGAAGCAUGAGAGGAUUGAGGAGCUGGAGGAGGCGCUGAGGGAGAGUGUGAGGAUCACGGCUCAGCGUGAGAUGGACAUGGCUGAGCAGAAGGAGGACCUGGAGGCUCAGAGAAAACAGGUGCUUGAUCUGAAGUCUGAGAUAGAUUCAUUAUUGCUGACAAAAGCCGACCUGACUGCCAAGGUGUCGGGACUGUCCAAACAACAGGAAGAAAAAGACACACGCUUGAAGCGUCUGCAGUCUGAGAGGCAGAAACAUCUGCAGGAAGUGUUCGAGAUGAAGCAGGAAGCUAUCCAAGCUGCCAUAAGUGAGAAGGAUGCCAAUAUUGCCUUGUUGGAAAUGACGAGCACAAAGAAACAAACGAAUGCGGGAGAAAUGGAACGUCUCACCAAGGAAAAGGAGAAGUUGAACCAACAGCUUAAAGAACUGACUCAAAAACAUAUGCGGAUGUUGGACAAAGACCACAGUAAAGAGGGCAGCCGGUCGAGGAGUAAGAAGUCGUCACAACGAUUGCGUUCCACAACCCCCGACCUGGUAGAUCCGUACGUGUUGACUGCACCCGAUGCGUCUCUCCUCGAUUCCUGAUGUAAAAACUGCCUCACAUGGAGAACCAUACCUCAUAAUGCUGUUCGGGCUCACAAACAGACACAAACAGAAUCACAGACAUUGUCGCAUACCAUGUCCAAAACUGAUGGAAAAGGGUGUGUGGUAUGUGCAAAACUGAUGGGG